GCCUUCCAUGGGGGUCGCGGGCCUUGGCUGCCCCGGGGCGGCCCGGGCGCUGCUGCCGCUGCUGCUGCCGCUGCUGCUGACGGCGGCCGUCCCGCCCGGUCGGGGCCGCGCCGCGGAGCCGCCAGAGGACGUGGACGAGUGUGCCCAGGGGCUAGAUGACUGCCACACCAAUGCCCUGUGUCAGAACACACCCACCUCCUACAAGUGCUCCUGCAGGCCUGGCUACCAAGGGGAGGGCAGGCAGUGUGAGGAUAUUGAUGAAUGUGAAAAUGAACUCAAUGGAGGCUGUGUCCACGACUGUUUGAAUAUUCCCGGCAAUUAUCGCUGCACUUGUUUUGAUGGCUUCAUGUUGGCUCAUGAUGGUCAUAAUUGUCUUGAUGUGGACGAGUGCCUGGAGAACAAUGGCGGCUGCCAGCACACCUGUGUCAACGUCAUGGGAAGCUACGAGUGCCGCUGCAAGGAGGGGUUUUUCCUGAGUGACAAUCAGCACACGUGCAUUCACCGCUCAGAAGAGGGUCUGAGCUGCAUGAAUAAGAAUCACGGCUGUAGUCACAUCUGCAAGGAGGCCCCGAGGGGCAGCGUGGCCUGCGAGUGCAGGCCUGGUUUUGAGCUGGCCAAGAACCAGAGAGACUGCACCUUGACCUGUAACCAUGGAAACGGCGGAUGCCAUCACUCCUGUGAAGACACUGCGGAAGGCCCAGAGUGUAGCUGCCAUCCCCAGUACAAGAUGCACACGGAUGGAAGGAGCUGCCUUGAGCGAGAGGACGCUGCCCCGGAGGUGAUGGAGAGCAAUGCCACAUCCAUGGCGGAUGGGGAUAAACGGGUGAAACGGCGGCUGCUCAUGGAAACGUGUGCUGUCAACAAUGGAGGCUGCGAUCGCACCUGUAAGGAUACUUCGACAGGUGUUCAUUGCAGUUGUCCCGUCGGAUUCAGUCUCCAGUUGGAUGGGAAGACCUGUAAAGAUAUUGAUGAGUGCCAGACGCGCAAUGGAGGUUGCGAUCAUUUCUGCAAAAACACCGUGGGCAGUUUUGACUGCAGCUGCAAAAAGGGAUUUAAAUUAUUAACAGAUGAGAAGUCUUGCCAAGAUGUGGAUGAAUGCUCUUUGGAUAGGACCUGUGACCACAGCUGCAUCAACCACCCUGGCACGUUUGCAUGUGCUUGCAACAAAGGGUACACCCUCUAUGGCUUUACCCACUGUGGAGACACCAAUGAGUGCAGCGUCAACAACGGAGGCUGUCAGCAGGUCUGCGUGAACACCGUGGGCAGCUACGAAUGCCGGUGCCACUCUGCGCACAAGCUCCACUGGAAUAAAAAAGACUGUGUGGAAGUGGAGGGGGUCCUGCCCACUAGCGUAUCACCCCACGUGUCCCUGCAGUGUGGUAAGAGUGGUGGAGGAGACAGGUGCUUCCUCAGAUGUCUCUCUGGCAUUCACCUCUCUUCAGGACUGCAAGAGGCCUAUUCUGUCACCUGCGGCUCUUCCUCUCCUCUGAGGAGCAAACAGCAAAAAUCAAAUGACUCUGCUCUCGGGGGUAACAUCUCUCACUUGUUUCUUUCUGAAGAUGUCGCCACCGUCAGGACAAGUGUAACCUUUAAGCUAAAUGAAGGCAAGUGUAGUUUGAAAAAGGCUGAUCUGUUUCCCGAGGGUCUGCGACCAGUACUACCAGAGAAGCACAGCUCAGUAAAAGAGAGCUUCCGCUACGCAAACCUUACAUGCAGCUCUGGCAAGCAAGUCCCGGGAGCCCCCGGACGACCGAGCACCCCUAAGGAAAUGUUUAUCACUGUUGAGUUUGAGCUUGAAACUAACCAAAAGGAGGUGACAGCCUCUUGUGAUCCGAGUUGCAUCAUAAAGCGAACAGAGAAGCGGCUCCGGAAGGCCAUCCGCACGCUCCGGAAGGCUGCCCACAGGGAGCAGUUUCACCUCCAGCUCUCAGGCGUGGACCUCGAAGUGGCUAAAAAGUCUCCCCAAACAUCUGAACACUGGGCGGAGUCCUGUGGAGUGGGUCAGGGCCAUGUAGGAAACCAAUGUGUCAGUUGCAGGGCUGGAACAUACUACGAUGGAGUACAAGAACGCUGCAUUUUAUGUCCAAAUGGAACCUUCCAAAAUGAGGAAGGGCAAAUCACAUGCGAACCAUGCCCAAGACCAGAAAAUCCUGGGGCCCUGGAGACUCCAGAAGCUUGGAAUGCGUCUGAAUGUGGAGGUCUGUGCCAACCUGGUGAAUAUUCCGCGGAUGGCUUUGCACCCUGCCAGCUCUGUGCCCUGGGCACAUUCCAGCCUGAAGCUGGCCGUACUUCCUGCUUUCCCUGUGGAGGAGGCCUCCUCACCAAGCACCUGGGAGCCACUUCCUUCCAGGACUGUGAAACCAGAGUUCAAUGUUCACCUGGACAUUUCUACAACACCACCACUCACCGAUGUAUUCGUUGCCCAGCAGGAACAUACCAGCCAGAAUUUGGAAAAAAUAAUUGUGUUUCCUGCCCAGGAAAUACCACGACUGACUUUGAUGGCUCCACAAACAUAACCCAGUGUAAAAACAGAAGAUGUGGAGGGGAGCUAGGUGAUUUCACUGGAUACAUCGAAUCCCCAAACUACCCAGGCAAUUACCCUGCCAACACAGAAUGUACCUGGACCAUCAACCCACCCCCCAAGCGCCGCAUCUUGAUUGUUGUCCCUGAGAUCUUCCUGCCCAUAGAGGAUGACUGUGGAGACUACCUGGUGAUGCGGAAAACUGCUUCGUCCAAUUCUGUGACAACGUAUGAAACCUGCCAGACCUACGAACGCCCCAUCGCCUUCACCUCCAGAUCCAAGAAGCUGUGGAUUCAGUUUAAGUCCAAUGAAGGGAACAGCGCCAGAGGGUUCCAGGUCCCGUAUGUGACAUACGAUGAGGACUACCAGGAACUCAUUGAAGACAUAGUUCGAGAUGGCAGGCUCUACGCAUCAGAGAACCAUCAGGAAAUACUUAAGGAUAAGAAACUGAUCAAGGCUCUGUUUGACGUUCUGGCCCACCCCCAGAACUAUUUCAAGUACACGGCCCAGGAGUCCCGGGAAAUGUUUCCAAGAUCCUUCAUCCGAUUGCUGCGUUCCAAAGUGUCCAGGUUUCUGAGGCCUUACAAAUGAGCCUGCCCACGUGCCACUCCGCACAGCACUGAGCUGUGGGCUGGUGGAACACAGCGAUCUGCUUCUGCAGCCAGCAUAGCCGGAUAACGCUGCCUCUAGUAGCAGUGGCUGCUUAGAGUUCAAUUUGUAUAGAUAAUACAGAUAUUUUGGUAAAUUGAACUUGGUUUUUCUUUCCCAGCAUUGUGGAUGUGGACUGAGAACGGCUCUGAGUCUUACUCGCUUCUCAUUGCUGUGGGCACGUGUCUUGGAUAUGUCAAGGGCUGGCCGAGCUGGACUUCAGUCAGCUCAGGUGAGACUCACGUGUCCUUCUUGGUCCUCACUCCUCCUUGGGGCUGCCUUGUCUGAGACUUCAGCUUCUUCCAGCAUAGCCCUCCCUAAGGGAGCCCUCUGCAUUCAGAUGUCGGCUCCGACCAGGCAGAGCAGGAAAGGGGGAGGGAGAGUCCUCCAGGCAUCAUCUUCCCACCCGGGACCUGGGAGGACUCGGUGACUCCACAGCCUUCUCCAGCCUGUGUGACCUAAGUUUGAUCCCAGAAGCUUGAGUCCUAAGCAGUGAUCACUAAAAAUAACUUACAGCAGAAAGAAUUAGAAAUAAAAAGAUAGAAACUAAGCACUUCCACAGACAUCAUAAUGUAGACCUAUCGAUGGCCUUCCCUGUUGCCAGUUUCCACCUCAGAGCAAAUGCACAGUGCUUGUCUUACACCUUCAGCUGUGCCUUCAGGGCACCACUCUUCUGGGUGCUGCGGUAGAGCCUGGAGAGUUCAGACAGGAUGUGAUCUCCUCCAUGGAUGAGAAUCCAUCCAUCAUGAAAAGGAGAUUUCACACACCCUGAGUCAAUACCGCCAAGGGUUCUCCUUCCUCCGUGGGCUUCCCAGCACAGGGCGUGCGAGGUCCAGGUGCAACGUGGUACAGACCAGCCUGUCAUGUUUGCCUUCCUUCCCCUCACCAAGCUCAGAGCCUGACUGGGGUCCAAGGGCACGGGCUGCACGGCUUAGGGUGGUCUCAGGCCCUUAAUGGUCACCCACUGCCGGAAGCACACAAAUCCCGGCCCCUCAGUACCGCAGAAUCAUCUCACUUUCUCUCGGCACAGUGGGACCUCACAGUCACUUUCUCCCACAGGAAUUUUAUUUUUCAAUAUUAUUGAAUUUUUAAAAAUUGAAAUCCACAGGCAAAAAUCUCAUUACAGUGAAUAAAAAAGACUUCUAUCAAACA